GUUAAAGGGACAAGACGGCUAUUCGAGUGUGUUCGCCAUCCUUUCGUCUGCAGGUCGAGCGAGCGCUGUGGCUUUACCUCUCCUCCCGCAGGCCGUCCAGAGCCUACUGAGACGGGCCUCGGCACCGAAGCCGAUUGUGUGAGGCCCUUCUUAAGGUCUGCCACGGCUCCUAACGGCUUUGUCGGUAAAUCGGGGCUGCGGCGUUCCGCCUUCCCCAGGGCCGCUUCCAGGCCGUCUCUGGACGCCCACACGGAUACGUGGAACGAGGAACAGAGCGUGAGAGAGCUUUUGGAGGGGAAUGAGCCUCACGCGCUCCGGCUCCGAGGGGGUUAAGGCCGCAACCUUCCCGGCAUCCUCAGCGGCUUCGCUGGCACGCGCACAGAGCCGCGGGGGCGCGGGCGCGAGCACGAGCGCGAGCGCGCACCCCUCGCGGGGAGAAGCUGCCGGGGUAGACAGGCAGCGGCGGCGCCGGCGCUGCUGCCCCCCGGCUCGGGUUCGCGUCGAGGCCGGCCCUUCGGCGGCUACCGGGACGGCAGCAGGGACAAAGAAGACGGCGCCUGGGCGCAGGGCUAGGAAAAGGAUUUCGGUUCCGGCUCGGGGCCGCCCCGACUUCGGGAGAGUUGAAGAUCCCGGGGCACAGAGUUCCCAGGGAAGCCGAAAUGGGAGCUCUCGGUUGGGGUCUCGUGGAAUGAAGGCUCCCCUGACCCUCCUGCGCUUCCCUGCUCCGCAGUCGCGUUCCCGGGGCGGACCAGAUGAAGACGGAUCAGACUGGGGUCCUCUUGAUGAAUUCUGCCCCGGGAAUUUCCUCUGUGCUUCUCCAAAGGCUGCCUGUGUGUAUGCAUAUGUCUCCACACAGGCUGCUGCUUUGGGGCAUACUGCGUGACAGACAUCAGACAGGGCAAGGGACUCCUUAGGAGUGAGACCCUGGAUGUACUCUAGCCUUAGCAGGCCAGGGUCAUGGGUCGCCUAGAUGACAAUGCCAAGAAGCGAAUUGUAGAGCUGCGGAAAGCAGGGCUGAGUUUUCGAAAAAUCAAGAAGGUCCUGGAGCUUGACAAUAUUCGUGUCACACCACAGGCUAUCUAUCUCUUCUUGAAGCGAAAGAAUGUGGAUCCCAGGCCCCUACCUGGCAACAACCAUUCUCUCCCUCCCAGGGACCCGAACAGCCGGCAGCUGGCGCUCAGUCGGGCUGGCUGGGAGGAUGAGCAACUCUGGGACUUGUUGCAAGAGAAUGAGGUGAAGCCAAAGGAGUCCUUGGAAAGCCAGCCAGCUGGCCCCAGGGGAGAGCCUGGAGCUGGUCAGGGCUGGGACGGCAAAGAGGGCAUUAGGAUUGUCAGCGUGACAUCUCUGUGUCAGGGGAGUGGAGCCCACCCCAAAGAUACUUGUUCCAGUGAGGUUUCCCAGGCACCUGCUAACAGUAAGCUUCCUGGGCCUUACAGGCCUGUCUUAGUGGUCGUGUCUAACAAGAAGCCAAAGGAGUCCUUGGAAAGCCAGCCAGCUGGCCCCAGGGGAGAGUCUGGAGCUGGUCAGAGCUGGGACGGCAAAGAGGGCAUUAGGAUUGUCAGCGUGACAUCUCUGUGUCAGGGGAGUGGAGCCCACCCCAAAGAUACUUGUUCCGAUGAGGUUCCCCAGGCACCUGCUAAUAGUGAUAUUGGGAUUGGUCUGGGAACUCCUGGUCCAGUGAGCAAGCCUGCUUCCCCAUAUCCACUGAGUCGGGGUCGGAACUCUGCCCUCAUUGUCAAGAAGAAGAUUGUGGAUAGAGCCAUCUUCCUCCACAAGAAAGCCACUGUCCAGAGUGCACAGAGGGGCACUAGCUCUUCUCUCCCUCUCCUGGUAGAAGUGCAGUCUCCUAGGACCAACGCUGGCCUUCCAGACCUUAAGGACUCCAACCCACAUGUUCAGGACAUGGGCACUCAGACCCGUGUGCCCUGGGUCAGUGCCCAGGGCCUGGCUGAGAAGCUGGAUGCAAUGCAGCGGGCUGUGCAGCAGGUCCUGGAGGUGCUGCAGGUGCUGAUGAGGCAGCAGAGCCGGCUGGAGCAGCAGCAGGAGCAGCAGCAGCGCUGGCAACAGCAGGUGUUGGGGACUCUGCAGCAGCUCACAGGGCCUGCCCAGAGUCAGGGUCCUGGGACCAGGGAAAGCCAGGACUUAGGGAGCCCUGGGACUCCUGAAGGACCUAAUUUCCACCAAUUUAAGAUGGAACUUCUUUGACCCUCUAACAUAGGUGUGACACGCCUGAAGGGGCAGGACCUUCAGCUUUGGGGAAUAAGGGGUGUGUGUCUUGGUACCAUCUCAGCUGACAGCCCUCAUAAAAUGAGAGGUGUGGGCAGGAAACACUGCCCCCCCCCCGACCCUUAUGUCUAUGUGCAACACACAGGCUGUAGCCCUUAUCCUUUGCCUGUGUUGGUGCCUUCUCCCGACAAACCCUGCCCAGCUUCAGGGCCUGUGGAGGGUGCUGGAGGUGGGGUGGGGGUGGUUUAAUUACAGAAAAGCCUGGGAUUUGGGAGCAGGUGACCAAGGGAGGCUUUAUGACUUUUUCCUUUCCUGGGGCUUAGACUCUGAGAGAGUAAGUUUCUUUACCUUCAUAUGCUGUUAUACGUGAGUGAAGGGCUCAGGUGUUUCUUUAAGAUAGGGGAUGAGUCAUGGUUUUCUGGUGACUACUAAGCAUGUUCCAAGGCUUAGAGCACAGUGUGGGGCCAGGAUUAAAGACAUAGUUGGUGGUGGGGGAACAGUAGCUCUAUGAUACUAAGACCAGCGAGGAUCAUUGUAAGGGAAUAGAUGUUCUCAUGAUGGAGAUGCUUUUCCAUCAGGCAUUGAUAGUUUUAACGUGACAUAAAUCUACUCUGCAUUGGACAGGUCUGAUGGGUAGGUGGGAUCCCCAUUCUACCUGUGGAGGUUGUCAUCUUUGGGUGGAAGAAGGGCAGACAGCUGGCUUUUAUGCACAUGAAACAGUCUGCCCAGCAGCUUGGACAGGAAUAGGGUCCCGAAGGACUCAGGAAGUUACUUUGCUGAUGUAAUGUAUUUGUUAUCAUUAUGAAAGUAGAAACAAGGAGACAAGAGAAGACAGUAUAGUCUCCCCAGGUUUCCAAGUCUAGAAACCAUAUCUAUGUCAUUAAAUAGUUAAAUGAGAACAA